GGGACGAUUUUAUUUUUAUCAUUUUCUUUUCUUCUUCUUGUUCCUGCAAAACCCUGCACAUUUUCCCCCUCUUCUCAUCAAUAAAAAAAUUCCCAAAUCAUUCUCCAUAGUAGGCAAAGAGAAGUUACCACGUAUAAAUCCAUCAUAAUAAAAAGAGCCAAAACUGUGAAAUUUUGGUAAAAAAACCAGUGAGUUCCUUUGUUUCAAGGUUUGGAUAUUGUUAAAGGAAUAAAUAACAAAAUACGGAGACUAAAUCUUGCAUUUUGAUUACUUGUUAUGGAGGAGCAAUCAUUCUUUAGCAAGUUCCUUGUCAACCUUCGUUCCUCUUGCAAGUAUUACACUGGCUAUCCUAAGGAUCUUGGACCGUCGAAGGUCAUUCACUUUACCUCGGAACGGGAAUUUGUCCAACUUCUUCAUCAAGGCUACCCGGUAGUUGUUGCAUUUACGAUCAAGAGUAACUACAGCAAACAUCUUGACAAAGUUCUAGAGGAGUCUGCAGCUGAGUUUUAUCCACAUGUAAAAUUUUUACGUGUCGAAUGCCCGAAGUAUCCUGGGUUUUGCAUAACAAGACAAAAGAAGGAAUAUCCAUUUGUUGAGAUAUUUCAUAGUCCAGAACAGGCAGCUGCACAGGGCAAAGUUGCUGAUCCUAAUAUUACCAAAUACUCUGUCAAAGUUUUACCUUUCAACUAUGACGUAAGUGCUUAUGGAUUUCGUGAGUUCUUCAAACGGCAUGGAGUCCGAUCAUCAGAUUCAAAUUAAAAGUUAAGGAGUAUCCGACAUGGUAUGGAAUCCAGUAGCUAUCAGGGAUGUUAUGACCAAUGCAGACAACUAUGGGAGUUAUCGAGUUGGAACUAGUUUGUUGCACAACUUGUAAAGAAUAAUGUUCUAUUUUGCUUAGCUCACAGUACCCUUUUUGAAUACCUUGGUUUUGCUGAUACUAAUUAGAAUUUCAGACCUCUCUGCACACUACUGUGGCAUGCCACAUGAACUAGUGUUUUGGCCUGCAUCAUCUAUAAUUAUUCACAUAAUUGACUAGUCUA